CGGAGCAAAGCCGAGCUAAUCUGCCUGGAGAGCGCGGCUGCCAGACGGGUCGGGUCUAUGGUGGCUCCGAGGGCCCCUUUGCCGGCUGGUGCUCGUUUUUCAGGGCAAGCUGUGUCCCAUGGCCGGAAACUUUUGGCAGAGCUCCCACUAUUUGCAGUGGAUUUUGGAUAAACAAGAUCUGUUAAAAGAGCGCCAAAAGGACUUAAAGUUUCUCUCAGAAGAAGAGUAUUGGAAAUUGCAAAUAUUUUUUACAAACAUUAUCCAGGCAUUGGGUGAACACCUUAAAUUAAGACAACAAGUUAUUGCUACAGCUACUGUCUAUUUCAAGAGAUUCUAUGCCAGGUAUUCCCUGAAAGGUAUAGAUCCUGUAUUAAUGGCUCCUACAUGUGUGUUUUUGGCAUCCAAAGUAGAGGAAUUUGGAGUAGUCUCAAAUACAAGAUUAAUCACUGCUGCUACUUCUGUAUUAAAAACUAGAUUUUCAUAUGCCUUCCCAAAGGAAUUUCCUUAUAGAAUGAAUCAUAUACUAGAAUGUGAAUUCUACCUUUUAGAACUAAUGGAUUGUUGCUUGAUAGUGUAUCAUCCUUAUAGACCUUUGCUCCAGUAUGUGCAGGACAUGGGCCAAGAAGACAUGUUGCUUCCCCUUGCAUGGAGGAUAGUGAGUGAUGCCUACACGACGGAUCUCUGCCUACUAUAUCCUCCUUUCAUGAUAGCUUUAGCUUGCCUGCAUGUGGCUUGUGUUAUACAGCAGAAGGAUGCCAGACAGUGGUUUGCCGAGCUUUCUGUGGAUAUGGAGAAGAUUUUGGAAAUAAUCAGGGUUAUAUUAAAACUAUAUGAGCUGUGGAAGAAUUUUGAUGAGAGAAAAGAGAUGGCAACUAUUCUUAGUAAAAUGCCAAAACCAAAACCACCUCCAAACAGUGAAGGAGAGCAGGGUCCAAAUGGAAAUCAGAACUCUAGCUACAGCCAAUCUUAAAACAUUGUGAAGAAUUCCAUAGUGGAGCACUUGGAAAUAAGCCCUGGACAGAUUUCAGUAAUGUCUGCAGUGGAACACACAUGAAAGUGAAUAGCUUGUUUCCAUCAAGCAUAUUGGGAAAUGAUUGCAUUAAGACAGGAAACAUGAAACAUAAUUUGUUUAUAAAUUUGCUUUCUCUUUGGACAUUAAGGGACCAUAAAAAUGCACAAAAAGUCAUCAUAUGAUUGUGCCUCCCCCUGAUGUAAAUUAAACUUUAAAAGUGUA